AUGAGUGAAAAGAACACAUCCGCUUCGGACGAUGCUUUGAUUGUGGACCCUCUUCAACUUAAAAUUAAAAACUUUUUGGAAAAGGCUAAAACAGUAAAUUUAUUGGAGAAUUUAAAAUCCCAACGACAAUUUCACAAUCCCGAAAUUUUAAACAAGAUUAUGAAAGAAUUCUCAUUGAGCGAUGAAUAUGGGACAAAUACCCCAAAACAUUUAUACACUCCUGUGGAUGUAAAUAAUUACAAAGAAUUGUGUAAAAAGAGACAACAAGAUCAAGAAAAACAAAAUUUCAUUCAAAUGCAAAAAGCAAAAUACAGAAAGUAG